UUCAAGAUGACUAUGAGUACAAAUAACUGCGAAAGUAUGACGUCAUACUUUACAAACACCUAUAUGGGUGCCGAUAUGCACCAUGGUCACUAUCCGGGUAACGGUGUAGCCGAUCUCGAUGCCCAACAAAUGCAUCACUACAGUCAGACACCAAAUCAUCAGGGCAAUAUGCCUUAUCCACGUUUCCCGCCUUAUGAUCGUAUGCCCUACUACAAUGGCCAGGGUAUGGACCAGCAUGGUGUCUACUCCCGACCUGAUAGUCCAUCGAGUCAGGUGGGUGGCUGUGUGCCACCAACGCAGGCGAAUGGUGCACAAAUGAUACCAACACAACAACAGGGUCCACCGCAGCAAACGUUAAACGAUGCCCACCAACAACAUCAUCCGCAAGUGACGCAACAACAGGUCACACAACAGCAACAACAAAUACCGGCGCAUCAACAACAUCCACAACAACAACAGCAGCAGCAACAACAUCAGCCUGUCGUCUAUGCCAGUUGUAAACUGCAAGCGGCUGUCGGCGGUUUGGGUAUGGUACAUGAGGGCGGUUCACCACCGUUGGCGGAUCAAAUGGUUGGCGGUCAUCAUAUGAAUCCACAAAUGGCCAUGCAACAUCAUAUGCAGCAUUCACAGGCUCAGUUGGGUUACAAUGAUGUCGUAGUACCCGAUGUUACGGAGUUGGGUUACAAUGAUGUCGGAGUACCCGAUGUUACGGAGGUUCAUCAAAAUCAUCACAACAUGGGCAUGUAUGGUCAGCAGCAAACCGGCGUACCCCAAGUUGGCGGCCCACCUCAGGGUAUGAUGCAUCAGGGCCAAGGGCCACCACAAAUGCAUCAAGGACACCCCGGCCAGCAUACACCACCAUCACAAAAUCCAAAUUCACAACCAUCAGGGAUGCCUUCGCCUCUGUAUCCCUGGAUGCGAAGUCAAUUUGGUAAGUGUCAAGAACGCAAACGUGGCCGUCAAACCUAUACUCGCUAUCAAACUUUGGAACUGGAGAAAGAAUUUCAUUUCAAUCGUUAUCUGACACGCAGAAGACGUAUUGAAAUUGCCCAUGCCCUGUGCUUGACGGAGAGACAAAUUAAAAUCUGGUUCCAAAAUCGCCGCAUGAAGUGGAAAAAGGAGAACAAGACCAAGGGAGAACCCGGUUCAGGUGGUGAAGGUGAUGAGAUUACACCACCAAAUAGUCCACAAUAAAACUG